ACCAAAAUGGUAACUUCAUUGAAGCUGAAGAUUGAAGCAAAGCAGCUGCAGAUGACGACAACUUAGAAGCUGAAGGUGACCUUUAACAGAAAUAUGUCCUCAGAAAUAUGUGAGCAUAUGAAUACGAAUAUUAUUAAAAGAGAUGUGCAGUAUUAGGCUCCAUUAAAGAUUUUAUCAGCCAACCUUUCUUAUAGGCAGAAAGGAAGAAAAAAAAACGUGUAGUUGCUGCAGGCCACAUGCAUCUCUGGCCUCAUGCUGCAGUAAAAAAUAGCACCCAGUGAUCCAGCAGUGGUGCGUUUGGGUGACAGCAGCGCACAUGGCGGCUGGUAGUGGAGGUGGCAGCAGCUCGGCCCCUCGGCCCCUCCUUUGCUCUUCCUGAAUGGACAAACUCGCUACCUUCGGUCCACGCCUCCCUCUAUCUCAUCCUCGGCUCUCCACCGGUAGCUCGCUGCAGCGUCUCGGUACUUUACUGAGCGGUGACUGGAACCAGCCCGAGCCGAGCAGCGCCGCUUAAAGGAGCCUUCUGAACUCAAAUCACCGCUGACAGCUGCGAGGUUCAGGCUCUUUUCUCUCCUUCCCCCCCGUGUGACCCACCGGCUCCUUGAAUAUCACCUCUCUGCCCGGCGAGAACACUGUGUCCUCUGUGGGGAAAAAAUGACAGCCAGGCAUCGGAAAGGGAAAAGCAACCACAAACAAGAAGAUAACUUUUUCAAAAAUGAAAUCCUGGAGACAGAAGCGCGCUCCGGAGGAAACAACUACACUCUGCUGCUCAUUUUAUUCCUCAUUAUAGUAAUUGGAGGUGCCACUGGAGCCUGGUUCUGUUUCCAGCAGCACCAAACUUUAACCUACUUAUCUGACAAUCUCAUGGGCAUGCAGAUGAAGAUAGUCAAACUCCAGUCCUCCCAUGAAGAAAUGCGACAGUCGAGUCAUAAGCAGCAAGUCUCUGGGAAUGUGGAAGAACGCCUGAAUGCUCUUGAGGAGUCUUAUGCGCUGGCCCAGAAACAGGUGGGCAUGGCCUUGGCCACGGCCGAACAGCUCAAGACGUCCGACCUCCCCGCUCAGGUGCUGUCGCUGCACACGGAGAUGAAAGCUCGCCUGUCAGAGAUGCAACAAGCGACGGUGUCUCUGGAGCAACUGAGCCAGCUGCAGAGCAUGUUGAAGGGGAAGAAUGAGGAGUUCGAGGGCGUCAGGGUUCAGGUGGAGGGUCUGGCUACGUUGAGUGGUGAACUGUCCCAGAAGGUCGAGGUCCUGUCGGGGAGCCUGGGUGAAGCAGAAUCAAAGCUGGACGAGAGAGCCGGUCAGGUCGCCACGCUGAGCGUCACCCUGGAUGGACAGACCGCCGAGGUGAUCCGACUGAAGGAGCAGCUGGGCACCUACCAGGCUCAGCUGGAGGCCAGUGUGCUGGAGAUGACUGCUGUCAGAGAGUUGCUCGAGAAUGAACAGUCCCAGCGGCUCCAGCAGGCCAGUGUAGAGGAGCAGCUUGAUACGGUACAUCAGAGUCUGCAGGAUCAGAACUCAGCAGCCCAAAGUCUCCACUCUGAACUUGGGGCUCAGCUGGAGAACAUACAGAAGCAGGAUACAAAGAUUGCGGGAGAAACUCAAGCUCCUGCUGAACCGCUGGAACAGACAGAGGAAGAAACGGCUCCGGCUGCUGAGGAAGAGACAGCUGCAGGAACUGAAGAAGAAGAGGCACAUGAUGCAGCUGAGGAAGAAGGAACCGCUCAAGAGACGGAAGAGGAGGAGGGAGAAGAAGAAGCAGCUUCACAGGACUCACCUCUUGAUGAACAGGAUGACUCUGUGACAGAACAACCAGAGGAGGCAGUGAAGGAGGAUGAGACGGAACCAGAGGAGUCAGCCGAUGUAUCAGAAAAGACAGAAGAAGUAACAACACAGACAGAAGAAGAGGAGGAACAUGUAGAAGAGGAGAUGCCCGAAGAGGAGAACCAGGUAGCUGAAGAAGAGGCAGCAUUAGAUGGAGAGGAAGUUCAGGAGGACAGUCAUAAAGCAGAAGAGGAGAAAGAGGAGGCUGCAGAGGAUGGUGGUGAUGAAGCAGAAGAGGAGAUGCCCGAAGAGAAGAACCAGGUGGCUGAAGAAGAGGCAGCAUUAGAUGGAGAGGAAGUUCAGGAGGACAGUCAUAAAGCAGAAGAGGAGGAAGGUGGUGAUGAAGCAGAAGAGGAGACUGCACCUGAAGCAGAGGAGGAGCAACCUGCUGCAGAGGAGGAAGGCUUAGAAGAAGAGGAAGAACAGCAGGAUGUAGCAGCUGAGGAGGAGCCACAGGAGGAAGAUGAGGAAGAAGAGUCACUAGAAGACGAGGACAAAUAGUUCACGUCGCCAGAAGCAUCCAUCAAGCAAAAUGGGAACUUUCUCAGACUAAUAUCACUGUCUACAAUAUGACAAAUACUGUAGGAAGGCGUUAUUGAUUGCUGUUGUUUAGGUGCAGUAUUCAUCAUGUGGUUGCUCUCUGAAAGGCAGACCUGCUCAGAAGAAUCGAGUCACGAUGCUGGAGUCGGAACCGAAACUUGUACCUCAAAAUCUAAGAUGGCUGUCUAGUAAAGAAAGGAGUCAUUCAGGAUUUAACCUGCCAGUAACAACCUCAGAAGCCUUAAUCCAUAAAAGAAUGCCUGUGUUUCAAAAGAGAAUCUUUCCACUCUUCACAACUCACACUUUUGUCAUAGUUCUGUACUAAACUGGAAAACCAAAAGCCAAUGAAAUAACAGGAAAGCCAAUGCGUAAACUGUUUUAUCAGUGCAUUUGAAGCCAUAAAUAAUGCCUCUCUUGGUGACAUAAAAGUAUGUUUCUUUUUGUCACUGCCUGAAAUACAUCAUGAGAAAAAGCAGUAAUUUAUUUUGUAUGUUUACACAGGCAAACUGCCAACUCUAGAGCUUGCAAAAAAAGAAGAAAGGCAUCUUUGAUAAGUUAAACAAGAGCAAUUCCUGAAUGUUUUUAAAGUAUAUUACAUACUGUAGUUAGUAAGAUUUUUUUUUAACUAUUUUUAAGUGCAUAUUUGUGGUUAAGUGCUUAAAAAUUGGAGGUUUGCUUGAUAUAGCUUUGGGUCAAUGUCUUUUUUUUUUUUGCACUUUUUUUUAACUGAUUACAAUUCCAGCCACACAGAAUACACCUGUAGUAAUGUCAGAUACAGUGAUGUGGUCUAAAAGCCUGAGCCCUCUACCGAGAACUGUUUGGUUCCAAGAUCAGUAUUCUACUUUUAUUCAAAAAUACAUAACAUCAGAGACUCUAUGCAGCAACUUCUGAAAAAAAUCUGUCACUGGAGCUACAUUCAGACUGCAAACAAAAAGGGCUUAAGUCAGAUAUUUCAGUUUAAAAAAAAAAAAAAUCUAGUUUCAGUUCUGAAUUGUGUAACUUCUCUCUGUGGUCCUGUAUCAGACAAAGGUCUGAUUUCUUGCAGUCUGAACAGUCAUAUUGGAUUUCAUGCAGCUUUCACACCACACUAGAUCGACAUUCGUCACAAUACUGUGCUGGCGGGAGUCGCUCUCUGAAUACAAAAAAAUAGAGGACGGCUGCGAUGGAUUCAGUCAGUGGAGAGACUGUGAGAUGUUGGACUUCAUAAAUAUUUGGGAUGACACUUCUGAUGAACUCGCAGACUAUUGCUGCAUAUCAUCUUAGAAAUGAAACUAUAAAAGCUUAUUUCAGCCGCCUCCAUGUCUUCUCCGGUGCAUGAGUCCAGGGCCGUGAUCAGUUUACAAUGGAAACUGACUAGACAUUCAAAAAAUAUUGUGAAACAGCAAAAAAUCGAUCUGAGCAAUAAAUCUGAAUUGGGCAUUAAGGCUUGCAGUGUGAAUGUAGCUUAAGUGAAGCAGCUCAGGGACUAACAGUUUUCCAAAUGGAUGGAAAAGUUUCACAGAGCCAAACUGCAGCUAAGUUACAUUUGCAGGUCAUUUUCAUUCAAAAUACUGAUAGCACUUACAAUGUACACACCAACUAAAGAUCAACACUCUGUACAAGACGUUCAAUCAGAAGACGGUUUGUUUCCAGGUCACAUUUUAAUGACAAUCUUUUGACCAAAUGGUACCAAAAUGUCGCUGCUUAAAACAAUAAUUCAAAGUAAAUGGACAGCUUUUUGAUGAGGAGAUGGCCACACAAGAAGUUAUAGUGCAAAAAUACAUGUAUGCACGUUUGACUACAAAAGAAGCAGAAUUUCCACUUUACUCCACAAUCACUUCACACUUUGUACCUUUAGGUGGCGCAGAAGAGAAGUUCUGCAGCAGGAUACUGACAAAUCAGGGAACCUAACUAUGACAGGACACUGCAUGUGAUGGAGGAGCAAGGACUGGGAUAUCAGUGGCCCUGCCUCCCUGCUGAACACAUCUGGAAAUGAAAAUGGAAAAAACGGACAAAACACACAGUCACAUCAGGAAACCUUCCCUGAGAUGCUCUGAAAUCAACCGAAAUAAUGUGAAUUCUCAAAUAAUGCAGAAAAUGUGUUGAAUCCCCGCUGCAUACCUGUGACUAGAGCAAGGAACAUUAAACAUUCAACAUUAAAUAUAUCACUAGAAAAUGGCCUCUUGAGAAAUGAUGAAUGUUUUUGUAUUCAUGUUUCACAAAUAUGGAAUAUGUUUCUGAUAAGUUCUUGGGAGUGCAGUAAGACUUUUGGAUACCGCUGUAUGUUUUUACGAUAACUGAUACUUAAUGCACCGUUUUUGCCAAGGCAGUGGUUACUGUCAGUCUGACACUUCACAUGUUUUUAAAAUAAACCCCCGUUCUUUCA